AUGCUCCAAGGGAAACUAUUCACGGCCGUCAACAAGUUCCUUACGACAUCCCCUUUGGUUAACAAAAUCAAGUUGCUGAUUACGAGACAGAGCAGCGGGACGGUCGGGAGCAGCGAGGGACAAGAAGGAACGGCGAGCAGCUGUUCCCCGAGGACGUCGUCGGCCACGAUAACGAUGACCAUGACGACCACGCCGACAACGCCGACGUCCACGUCGACGAUGACAGUCGCGUCAAUGGCGAUGCCAUUCGUGGCCGCGGAAUCGGAGGCAUCGAUAUCGUGCAGCGCGACAGACCAGCUACAGCAAUGUCGUUGGCAAUGGCAACAGGCUCCACAGCCGCACGCGACCACUUGCCCGAUCACAGCCACGUCGUCGUCCACGUAUUUGUCGGCCUCGUCCUCCGCGGAGGCCAGCAAGCUGUCCACGAACGUCCUCUUUUCCUUGCCCGCGUCGCCGAAGAAGGCAGCGGCCGAGUCGUCCGGCAAGGCGCCCACCAUAUCCAAAUCUCAGAUGAAAGAAUUCAGGGAAGCUUUUAGACUGUUCGACAAGGACGGGGACGGAAGCAUUACAAAGGAGGAAUUGGGGAGGGUGAUGCGCUCGCUGGGACAGUUCGCGAGGGCCGAGGAACUGCGCACCAUGCUGCAGGAGAUCGACAUCGACGGGGAUGGAAAUGUCAGCUUCGAAGAGUUCGUGGAAAUCGUGAGCAACAUAGGUGCGAGCGAAACCGCCCCCACCGAUCAGGAUCAGGAAGAGCAGGAGCUGAGGGAUGCGUUUCGGGUGUUCGACAAGCACAACCGGGGGUACAUCACCGCGUCCGACCUGAGAGCCGUGCUGCAGUGCCUCGGCGAGGACUUGUCCGAGGAAGAGAUCGAGGAUAUGAUCAAGGAAGUGGACGUGGACGGGGAUGGCCGGAUCGAUUUCUACGAAUUCGUGCACGCGCUCGGCGAGCCGGGGAUCGACGACGACGAGGAGGACGAGGAAGAGGAGGUGCUGUCCCCGGGCUACUAGGAUUUUACCUAUUCUCGUGUCUGUGUUAGAUAGAACGAAUUAACGACGAGCAAACGUCGACGGACGGCCUCGUCCGUCGCGCCUUUUUCCCCUCUGACAUUCACACUUCGUUGCAUGUACCGCAAGCGUCGCGGUCCUUCGACCCGAUGUGCACCGAAACGAUUAUUAUUACUUCGAAACGUCCGAUUCUUCUGCUUGCGUCCGCUAUGCAUCGCGAGCCACGCAACAUUCGCACGAGGAAAGCAAACGAAAGGGAAGACGAGGCGAGGCGAAUGGGAGAUUUCGAAUUUCGCGCCGGCGCGGAAGAUGGUUGCGUUUCGAACCGCCAGGGCGUGCCACCGUCUCACCCGGUGACCGGCUCACGGCGCCAAUUUUCGAACGCGAUAACUCGGCCUAGUCGUAAACGCUCGUUAUCUUUCGUCAAUGUCAGAGGACCUUUUCGACCAGCCCUAAUCGCACCUACCGUAAGAUCCGUAGAUACAACGCCUGGUGUGAUUUUAUGUUACCCGAAUCGAAGCACCCUACAUGGGAUCGCGCGAUCCCCUGCGUUAUACAGCAACGAGAAUCGACACUGGACAACCGCGAACAAGCCCCGAAUUUCCGUUCCCCCGUUUUACUCUCGUACGUCUCGACGUUUCACGAUUGUUUCAAAGAAAUCUAUCUCGAUGUAUCGUCAGAAACCGCGACGCUGAUAUUUCCGGACGCCCUCGUAGAGCGAGCAGAAUGAACGAUGCGGCGCGUAACGCGAACGCGAAAGAAACGGCUCGCGUUUCGUGUAACAUAAGGUCCCAGCAAGCAACGCGUCGUCUAACUUCCUUCGUUAACUCAGCUGCAAAGUGUCUACCGAUAAAUCUUCGCGAGCCAAGCUCGAUGGUUCGCGUGACGUGAGACGCGAGAGCUCGGUCAGAGAAAUGGAGACACGCGAUCGCUGAUAAAACGAUCCUCCGAAUGAACGAUCGUGCGAUCCUCUUUCGCGAAAAGGGGAGGAACAAUCGUGGAUUACGCUCGACGAACGCGCACCAGCUCUCUCCGAGUGGACUCGCGUCUCGGACGUCCGAUGCAGAGAAAAGCGACCGGCUGGCAAACGAUUUCUUCCCGUAAGAUAUGUGGAUUUUUCGAUUUUACUCUGUCUCGUCUAAUCUAAGUCACGCACUCUAUUCUCUAACUACAAUUAAGAAUUAAGAAGAACCAGCACCGCAAUAAACUCGAUGGAUCGCGUCGAGUCGCGACGCGGUCGGUAACUGACCGGCGAGGCUCGAUCGUAACGGCCAUUAGACCGUGCUUCCCGCCAUUUUGAGGAACGCCGGUGAACACGUGGACGUGACGAGAACUCGCGCUUGCACCUUUUGAAAAUCUCUCCACGCGGCGAAGAAUCUCGACCGAUUUCCCCGACGUUCGGGGACGUCGAGGCCGCGAGAAGGUUGAAUUUGUGAAUUUUAAAUCGAUCUUCAUCGCUUCGCUCUCCUUGAGCUUCGUACUGUGUACCUUAUUAACGAUAUCUCACUGUUACGCCAAAUACAAGA